AUUUGGAGGAUAGAAAAGUUCUCCAAUUUCCACUUUAUUUGGAUAAAGAUGUCAUUUGCCUCUUGUAGUUCGUUACCACCUUCCGAACAGUGGGAACAUGAUGUGUUUUUGAGUUUUAGAGGUGAAGACACGCGUAAGACCUUUGUGGCUCACCUUCACAGAGAAUUGAUUCGGGAUGGAAUCAAUACCUUCAAGGAUGAUAAAGCACUAAAACGAGGUGCAUCCAGUCCGCCCCUGGGUGCAUCAAUUUCACCUCAACUUGUCAGUGCCAUUAAACUGUCAAGGUUUGCCAUUAUCAUCUUGUCAAAGAACUAUGCUUCAUCCAAAUGGUGCUUGGAUGAGCUGGUGAAGAUCAUGGAAUGUAGAGAUGAACUUGGGCAGACAGUUGUACCAGUGUUCUAUGACAUAAGUCCAUCGGAAGUACGCUUCCAGAAAAAUAGUUUUGCUAAACCCUUCUCCAGAUAUGAGGAAGAUUUCAAGAACGACACUGAGAAGGUGCAUAAAUGGACGAAAGCCUUAAGUGAAGCAGCCAAUUUGUCAGGCCAUGAUCUGCAUGGGAGUACUUACAACGGGUCAGUAGCUAUUUAACU